AUGGAGACGCACAUAAAGGUUGGAAGAGAGAGAGACAAAUACCCGCCCUGGUUCCCAAGCCAAACAUCCAAAACCAGUUCCACAAUUCAUCCAACUGUAGGUGAUGAUGUAACAUUUCCCCUCUCACAGGAAGCCCUGUGCAAGCCCUCACACCACAACCACCACCAGGCAGCUCACUUCAGCCUACGACCACAGCAAGGAGAGGUUUUCGGAAAGUUGAUCCAAGCUCCUUUAGGAGAUGACGUUCAGUUUCUGCUGUCAGAGGAGUGCCUGAAGGGACGGGGAAGACUGAAUCUGCGAAGGAAUGAUGCCAGUACGCAGCUGAUCGCCUCCCUGGAAAACGUCUGGAAACCCGGACCACAACAUCCAGACCGCGUGAAUCAAAGAGGGCUCUCUCUCAUCCUGGAAAACGCAGAUCUGAACGACGAAGGGCUGUACGAGUUUACAUGCAACGGCAAAGACUUGGAAGCGAUCAAGCUGGAAGUAUUUGUGCCCUCUGAAGUUGACGUAUCCGAAGGCGAGGAUGCCACACUCCCGUGCCGCUCCGUCACCGCGGGUCAGUCGGUGAAAUCUGCGCGCUGGAGGAGAAAUGGAAACGCGGUGCUUCAGCUGGAUGCUAAAACAGGGGGAAUCACAUACGGGGAAGACAUUGACACAAGCCGGGUGUCGAUACCAUCAGAGUGGGACCGACAAGCAGACCUGUCCCUCACCAUAAAGGGAGUCCAGCAACAAGAUGAAGGAGUUUAUUACUGUGACAUAGACAAGUGGGAGAGACACCGCUCUGCUGUCCGCCUGCGAGUCCGUCCCGAAGUCCCCACAGCAGCCGGUAGCACACCUCUGCCUACAACCACACCGACGCCAUCAGAGUCCUCUGAUAGGACAUGGAUCACAGUGAUCACAGUCCUUGUAACAGCAGCUGUAACAUCUGGGAUCGUUGGUCCUCUGGCUUUCCUCUUGGGCCGGAAACAGAGGAGAGAAACAAGAGAUGAGGAGACCGGAGACCAACUAAACGGGUGCCACACCACCAAUAAUGAUCAGUCAUCAGGAGAUCAGCACGUCUCUACAAAUGGCUCUGCAAGGUCACCUGAUACUCCAGAGGAAACUAACCUACUAGGGCAAAAAAACCAAACAAAACAGCUCACAGAAAAGAAAGAGUUAGCCAGCGGAUCUGUGGCUGUGCUCAACUUGACGAAAGAGGAAGUCCCUCAGAUUGUCUUCCACGAGCCUCUGCACAUGUGGAAUCUGUUCUGA